UUUCGAAUUCAGUUUGGUUUCGCAUCUCGCCGGCGACGGACUGUUACAAAAUAAUACCUCCCAAGGUCCAGAGUGUUUAUUUUGAUUUCGUAGAGCUCUCUGGGUUUAUAUCUAUCGCUCGCGUUCUCCCUCUCUGCAAAGAUGACUGGCUCUCUGUGGCUCAGUUUGGCACUGAGUCUGGCUGUUUUGGCUCGAUUCCAAGUGAGCGCCGCUUCUAAUCUGGUUUGUUUCUAUGACUCUCAGGGCUUCCAGCGACAGGGCCUGGCUCAGUUUUCGAUACCCGAUAUGGAGCUGGCCCUGCAAUUCUGCACCCAUUUGAUCUACGGUUAUGCUGGCGUUAAUGCCGAUAACUACGAAAUGCAGAGCAUUAACAAACGACUGGAUCUCGAGCAGCGUCACCUGGCCCAAGUGUCCAGUUUGAAGGAGCGCUAUCCCCACAUCAAGUUCCUCUUGAGUGUCGGUGGAGAUGCCGAUCUAAAUGACGGGAACCAGUAUAUAAAGCUCUUGGAAUCGGGACAGCAAGGUCACAGGCGUUUCAUCGAAUCCGCUCGCGAUUUGGUAAGGCGUUACAACUUCGAUGGCCUGGACUUGGCCCUCCAACUGCCAAGGAAUAAGCCACGCAAAGUUCACGGUGAUGUUGGUUCCGCGUGGAAGAGUUUCAAGAAGUUCUUCACCGGCGAUUAUAUCGUGGAUACCGAAUCGGAAACCCACAAGGGUCAGGUGACUGCCCUGAUCAAGGACCUGAAUGCCGCCCUGAAGCAAAACGACCUGCUGUUGAGUCUCACCGUUUUGCCAAAUGUUAACUCAAGUUGGUACUACGACGCCCCUUCAAUUGCUCCCAGCUUGGACUUCAUUAACCUGGGAACCUUUGACUUCCUGACUCCGCAACGUAAUCCCGAGGAGGCGGACUUUUCAGCGCCCACCUACGAGGCCGUCGGCCAGAAUCGCCUGGGUCACUACAACUUGAACUACCAAAUGGAACACUGGCUGCUCCAGAGAGUGCCGGCGAAUAAGAUCAACAUCGGCAUUGCCACCUAUGGCAGGUCGUGGAAGAUGACCAAGGAUUCGGGCGACUCUGGAAUGCCGGUGGUUCCUGCCACCGAAGGACCCGCUCCAGCCGGACCUCAGAGCAAGAAGGAGGGACUUCUCAACUGGGCGGAGAUCUGCCAGCUGAUGCCCAAUCCGGGUAACUCCAAUGCCCGUGGACCGAGUGCCCCGGUGAAAAGGGUUAUCGAUCCCACAAAACGCUAUGGCAGCUACGCUUUCCGUGCCGCCGAUGAGAACGGAGAACAUGGACUGUGGAUCAGCUACGAUGAUCCGGAUUCGGCGUCUGGAAAAGCUAAAUAUGCCAGGGACAGGAAUCUGGGAGGAGUGGCCCUGUUCGAUCUAACCCAAGACGAUUUCCGUGGCCAAUGCACCAACGAUCGCUUCCCCAUGCUGCGUGCCAUUAAGUACCGACUUCUCUAGACUCUAGAUCCAAUUCCAGACCACAUAAUCCAGACAUCACAGGCAGCACGCAAAUGUCACAAGGAAAAUUGGGGCUGGAGCUGAAGGAGUUGGGAGGAAGAAAAAAAGACAAAUGUCGAACGAUCGGCGGCUUAAGGCCUUCUUCUGUGUCUGUCCCUUUUUGCAAAUUAAUUACAAAGUUGUAAACUAAAA